CCCCCGGCCCAGGCCUGUACACAUGCAGGCAGGAGCUGGGCCAGGCCCGUGCCAGGGGCACGCCGGGCCGCACAGCCUGGUCUAGGCCUGACCCGUGCCCUUGGCAGUGCUGCUCAGGGGAGACUCCUGUGUUGGGUUCGGCCCAGGGGCCAGGCUGCAGCCCCCUGUUGCGGCGCUGAGGGGCCCCGACCCGCCUGCAGCGGCAGGGAGAGGCCAAGGAGCCGAUGAACAGCAGGGGCAGGAUGCCCGGGAACAUGAAGACGCUGGACCCCCGUUAUUUUGUGCUCAUCAAGCCACUGCCCAGUCCCACACAGAAAGGAGUGAAGGUGCGGGCCAGGAGUAGCACCGUGUACCGGCGCUGGGAGCCCAAGCAGGAGGACGUGUUCUGGGAGAACUACCACCGACGGCACCAGCAGCUCACUCGGCAAGGGUACUGGACCCCCAGCUGGAAACCCUACCAGGAGCUUGGGGAAAUGCUCUACCUGGAACCAAAGAAACUCACCCUUUACUACUUGGGACAGCUCCCUCAGGAACCAACAAAAGAAGAUGUCUAUGUUCCUCAGGAAGAGAUGACUACUACAAAGGAUUCCCCCAAGCCAAAGUCUGCUCCACAGGAAAGUCUGAAGAAACCUGCUCCAUUCAAGCAACUAGAAAAGAAUCUGAGGACUCUCAGUAAAGAUCUUACUCAUACAAGGCAUUUGAUAAAUUCUGUGAAGCAGGGUCGGGGGUACUUCUACUUGCUUCACAAAGAAUCACUGGAGAGGAAGAAUGCACUAAAAGCAGCACAGGAGGAGCAACAGGCAAGAUGGGCAACUGAAUGCCAGCCACCCAGAUAUUCAUCUGAUGAGGAACACUCAGAUGAAGAGAGAAAUGAUUUCUUUUUAACAGAUGGUCCCUUGCUGAGGAAGGCAGUGAAGAAGAAAAUGAAGACGGUUGUACGACCUUUCACACCUGUCCAUAACAGCCUCUUGGUUCCAAACACCUCUGAAGCAGCCAUUGAACCCCUUUUUCGACAACUAUGCGCUUUACACUGGCUUUUGGAAGCUUUGACUCUUGAAACUAACUGCUCUAUAAAAUCUGUGUUAACCUGCUGGAAUCCAAAGGACCCUGGUGGCAGUAAAAGUACAUUAAAAAAAAUCAAUAAGGAAAAGACAGCAAGGUACAGAUGGGAGCACUUUAUCGUGGACACAAAGAAAUCCAGCCAGAAAGCACCACGUAUUCAGCUUAGCAGGAAGACAAACAAGCGAACAUCUGUCAUAAGCAUCUCUCGGCUUAGUGGUCCAUCAUCUUCCCACAGCCGAACACCUCCUGGCAGCACACCUUCCCUUGUCCCCAGCUCUGAAGACUAUGCCAAUGUGAACACAGCUCCCUCUGAUGGUACCAGAGAAUUUGAAGAUAGUGAGUCGAUGCAGAGUAAGCAAACCAGAGAAGAUGAAGAGCCUGUUAACUAUUACUUACAGAAGUUACUUCAGAUAAUACAUGAAGAUGUGGCAAAACAAUUUGAUGCAGAGGAUUUGUCUAAGAAGACUAGACUGCAAAGUGCACAACCGGCCUAUCAAAGGAAUGAAAGAGUUAGCGUAAGUGGAUUAAAGGACCAAGAGAACAUAACAUUUCUGGAACAGAGGCAUAAGAGUUCCCUGCAUGGGGCUCAGAAGGAUGACAAAGUAAACACAACAGCAGACCAAGACGGCAUAACAGCAGGGGACCAGAGGCCUAGAAGUUCACUCUCUGUGACUGUGAGAGAAGACAAAACAACCACAGCAACCUUUAAAGAAGAAGAGAGCACAAAGCACAUAAAGAGGACCAAAAGCCGCCAUGCCAGCUAUUUCAUUGAAAGCAAAUGUAAUUUGCAUGCUGAGAUGAGACAGAAGUUCUCAGCCAUAGCUGAAGAAGCAGCACUUUGUUUACAUGACAACCUGGAGAUACUUGAAAGGCGGCGGGAAGAGAAAUGUUCACAGAAAUACCAAGCUUUAAAAAGUAUCAAGUGUUUUGAAAGAGACCUAGAAAGAAUGAGACAAUCUGGAACAAGAGCUGAAAGAGAACAUGAUGAAGAUGAAUGCAACUGGUUUCUGAGUUUGAUAUCCAGACUGCCCAAUGCUGUGAAGAAUGACAGUCGCACACAGAAAAUCUUAAAGAAACUGGAAAAAUUUGGCAAGAACCCAGACUUAAGAAUCCGUCCCAGCACCUUUCUGAAGGUGCUGAGUGAUCUGCGUGUAUGGGAGCUGUGUUCUCCAGACAUCUCUGCAGCUGUGGAGAGCCACCAGGAGAAGCCGUGGUGGCAGAUGGCUCUGGUUGCCAACACAACCCCAUGGGAGAAGCCUUGGCCACAGGGACCACUCUUAUCCCCUCAGUUUGUGCGUGAAAAUAUUGUUCAGAUCCAAGAAGAAGUUUACAAAGGGUGGCUGCAGACUCAAGUCAAAAUCCCUAAAAGAAUGCAAAGUGCUCCACCUUUUUAUUGAAUGGUCAAAGAAGAUGGUUUCCUAACUACAAGAAGACAGUCUUGUUGCUUCAAGCAGGGAUCUGUUUGUAGCUGAAGUAUGCGUCAGUGAAAUUUGGAAGAAAGGCACCUUUGAAAAACAUACUGAUUGUGUAUGCCAUUUACACACUGAAAUGUGACUUCACAGAGCUGAUUUUUACUAUCAGGCAAGAUUUAUGCAGUGACCAACACAGAAUAGAAACUAAAAAUAGCUGCUCCUUUUCGGAUGACAUCAUGGAUCACCAAAACCUCAGUCUUAAGUUUCUAUUUAGAGUGAAGACAGAAACACUCAUCAGAUAGCAAUGGAGAACUGAGUGGCAAUAACACUUUUCCACCUUUUUCCCUUUGUCUAUAAUAUCACCUCCUGUUUUUGGUUUUCUAUCUGCUUAUUUGUUGUACUGCUCUGUCUUCCACAGUUUUGCUCCAUUACUUCUGCUUUCGAUAAUCCCCAGCAGGUCUGUUUGAAGCUUUAAACGGGAUGCUUUUUGUAUCAGAUUUUGUAUCUUAAUUGCUAAAAUGUUUGAUUUUUACAUUGUUUGUUCUAUAAGUUUUUUUUCCCUGAAUAUGGCUAAAGUUUUGCCUUAUUAAAACUGUUAUUCAAAUGUUCUGUA